GAUAUUUUUUUUAAUGCAUGUGAUACACUGGUUUAACAAGCACUUCCAAUUUUAGUUUAGAAUGUGGCUUUAAUCAAGCUGAAGCUCCUCUUAUUCUCUAUUUUAUCAUUUUUCCUAGUGACCAAUCAAACGGGUCGCCAUUUUCCUGACUAUUGGCACAUUCGGGUUAAGCUAGGCCUAGACUGACAAAAGUUAAAUGAGUUGAUAAGUUUUGUGAGUUUACUUUCAAGGUGCUGGCCUCAUAUACACCAAGUUUGAUGUAGAUUGUGUACCUUGAACCAGUUCCUCAAGAAACUACAAUCUUGCUUUUAAAAUGUUCAAAAUAGAGCAUGAAGGAUCAAUCAAGGAAAAUCAAAAUGAUUUGGAGAAGCCUGCAGACGAACAACAUGACUCAGCAAAGCCAGUGGAAGAACAAAAUCUUGGAGAGAAGCAAAGAGAAGAACAACAUCACACACUGUCAGAGGACAAACAAAAUCAUGCAGAUAAGCAAGAGGAAAAACAAGAUAAAGGAGAGAAGAAGCAAGAUGACGGCUUAUACAAAGUAGUUCAAGAGAAAUUUAGACUGGUUAAAAUGAAAUACGAUUGUAUUAAAGAAAAGUUUGAUGCCAUCAAACAAGAAUACGAUAAUGCAAAAAAGGAGUAUGACAUUGUUAGGGAGGAAAUGUUAAAAUUUGCACCAAAUCACUUUUUAGGUGAAAAUGCUGUAAAAGUCGAGUGUGAAGAUGAUGAUGGUUAUAUGGACUUUGUUAUUGAAGUAAAUGACAGCUCAAAAGAUGAUGAUGACGAUGAUGUAGUCCAAUUCAGUAACAUUAAGCAGGAGAUGGAUGACAGUUACACUGGUGACAAUAACAACAGCACUUUAAGCUCACAUGAUGAUGAUUCCCAUCUAGAUAUCAAGCCUGUCUUGUCAAAUAGAAACUUCCAUGGGAAGUGGGGUUUUCAAACUAAUGGAGGUAUCAAAACAGAGCAUCAGAUUGCUGCACCUGUUACAAAAUCUGAAAAGCUCCUAAAUGACCUGGGUCAUGGGCUGUUUCAGGUGAUUUCUCCUGGUCUUCAUGAUGAAUCUGAUGAUAGCAGUUUUCGUGUUGUUAAUGGGUGGAGUCUAAAGAAAUCUAAAAUUGGGAUUUCCCCCAAGGUGCCAAAAAAAAGAAAACGUUCUUCAAAAGCAAUAAUUGAGAAUUCUGAUCUUCAGAAUCAGGUCAUGUUUGAAACUCCACCCUAUAAUAGGAAAAGCGCCUAUAAGUGUGAUGUUUGUGGUGGUGUGUUUGCUGGGACGUACAACUAUAACAGACACAGAAGAAUACACACAGGAGAGAAGCCCUUCUCGUGUGAUCUUUGUGGCAAAGGAUUUGCCCGUAAAGACAAAUACACAAUCCAUUUUAAAGCUCACUGUAUAAAUGAAAACAGCGCACCUACAACCCCGACAGAAGCUCCUGUACAAGUGCUUCACGAAGAAGCUGAACAGCCUAAAGAUAACCCAGAGCCACCUCAGGAGAGCAUGGACAGCGAAACAAUUAAUUUCCUGGAAGCUGAUCAGCAGUCUAUUGAGCAACAGAUAGCGGAGUCUAAGAUGAUGUUUGAUUGUUCUGAGUGUGGUAAAAGGAUUAAAGGUCUUCCAAAUUAUACCCGCCACAGACUCAGGCAUGAGAAUAGGAAGCCUCAUGAGUGUGAAGUAUGUGGGAAGGUGUUUUUAAAACGCUACAGCUACAACCGGCAUAUGACGAUUCACUCUGGAUUAAAACCGUUUGAAUGUGAUAUAUGUGGUCAGGGGUUUUCGCGUAAUGACAAACUUAUUGCUCAUACUAGACAGCAUAAAAACCCAAGAAUUAUCGAUGGUGCUUCAUUCAAUUGUGAUAUUUGCGGCUUCCAGUUUAUGCACAGUUACACAUUAGCAAGACACAAAUUGUUACACGCGCCUGGUCAAAAUCCUUUCAAAUGUGAUAUGUGUGGCAUGCUUUUCAAUCUGGAGUCCAACCUUACUCGCCAUAAAGAGAGGAAGCACAGGGACGUCAAUCCUUAUAAGUGUACAGAAUGUGGUGCCAGCUUUUCUAAAAACAAGGAUCUAACCAGACACAAGCAGGCCCAUGUUUGUAAAAAGCCACACAAGUGUAAUCAGUGUGGGAAAGGAUUCGCAGAGAGGUACCAGCUGUCACUACACAGGAGGUCGCACAAUGCUUCCAAACACCACAAGUGUGAUGUGUGUGAUAAGACUUUCCAGGAGAGGUUAAUGCUUUUAAGGCAUGAGCGGGUACAUGAGGAGUUGCGCGAUACGAUGACUGCAAGGCCUUAUAAGUGUGACGAGUGUGGAAAAGGUUUCCCGGACCGUUCCAAGCUUGUCAGGCAUAAGAGAACACACUCGAUGCAGAGACCUCACACGUGUGAUGUUUGUGGCAAAGGUUUCCCUGUACAGUCGAAGCUGUUGAGACAUCAAGCCACACAUCUUGUGGAGAAGCCUCACAAAUGUGACAUUUGCGGAAAAGGGUUCAAUGAGAGAUUUCGUCUUAUGGGGCAUAUUGAUAGAGUUCACUAUGGUACACAAGUGUUUCAGUGUAAUAUUUGUGAGGAACCUUUCUUUGAAGAAGAAGAAUUCAUUAGCCAUAAAUUAAGUCAUUCUGCAUCGUUACCAGAGGUUGUUGAACAACCCAACUAAGUUCUGGGUUAUAUUACAGUGAGGUCUGAUUCUUGAUUGGCUAAUCACAUUUUGUUCUGAAAUUUGAAAUCAUUGUAGUUGUGAAAGUAGGCUUUGUUGAAACUAUAGUUUGUUAGGUUUUGUCUCUAAUGCUUCAAUUCAUUCCCAUUUAAUUUUUUUUUUUGGAGAAUUUAAUAUUUACUUAAUUGUGUAUGAAUGUUGUCACUCUUGUUUUGUUGUUUGUCAUGUUUUGAAAAUAUAUUUAUAGUGUAUUUGUUUUAUAAAUACCAAUAUUCUAAUUCCUAGUAUUUAUUAAAUGAUGGUAAAAGAUUACAGUAAGUUAAUCUAGCCUGUGUCACAAAAGAUUAUUCUAUUUCUAGCUAGAUUUAUAGCAUUUGCAUUAAUUGUAAGAUAGUUGCAUCAUAGAGAAAAUAUAUUUUUACACACAUUACCUUUAGUUUAAAAUUUGUAUAAGCUAAGUAUAGUAUUUUUUCAAUUACUUAAAUUACUAUUUAAGUUCUGUGUAAAAAAAACAACUUACUAUUGGACAGUCAUGUUAAAUAUACUGUUUUUUUUAUUACAGUUAUAUUUUAUGGUUUUAAAUUAUUUGAAUAAGUAAAACUCAGUUUUAUUAAGAGAAACAUUUAUAUUUAUUUAUUAUUUUUUAAGUGUCUAGAUCUAGCAGUCAAUAGUGUUGGCAGGAUUUUCUCAAGUGAAGGGAUGUUUAGUAUAAUUAUAUUGUGUUAGUGGGUCUGAGUAUGUGCAAUGGUGGCUGUUAACCAGUAACUUGUGGCCAACUAUAAAACCUGGUAUUUCAUUCAAAUAUUUUUUAGCAUGUCAUUUUGAUUUAAUGAUUGUUUAACCAAGUCUGAAAAUACAAGAAUACAAUGUGUACUAAAACAUAGUUUUAAUUACAUUGCUUAGCUACCAAGAUCUAUAGGCUUUUCUUGGCCAAUUCAUCUACACCAGCGGUUCUUAACCUCGGUUCAAUCGAACCCCAGUUGUCAUGUGAAACAGUCACAGGGGUUCAGUUCAGUGGAGGUCAAGACACACACCCAACUCUAUGAUUCACAAUCAGAUUUUGUCAGUGUGGACGAUAGAACUAUUAAGAAGGGUUUGCUAAGUGCUCAUAUGAGACUGGUGAGGUUCAGCACCCCCCAAAAAAGGUUAAGAACCACUGGUCUAGAAUCUCAUCUACUGGAAUCACAAUUAGAAUAUUUUGCAAAGCCAAAUUAUUUAGUCUAUCCUAGUAUUUUGCUUACAUUUUUAGCAGCCUCUAUGUACAAAAAGAAUGCUGCUAGUAGUUGUAAAUGAAUAAUGAUGCAGUAGUUUGUGUACUGUUUGAACUAUUGUCUUACAUCUGAAAUGCCUGAUAAGCAAUGUGCAGUACAUUUCCUUUAUUAGUUAUGUUUUACCACUAAGUCCGUCUCUUAUUUGACUUGAAGCAGAAUCAACAAUCAGGGUUAUGUGGCAUUAUGUUACAGGCAGCAUUGUAUUUGUUUUCCUGUUUGAGUAAGAAUAAGUAGAUCUACAUGUGUCAAACAUGACUAAAAAUGGUAGUAUAUUCUGAUCAUGCAUCUUUCCCUACACAUCCAAGAAAGUAUUUUUAUUUUAAUCUUCAAUCAGUUUUACAGCUGCAGAUGAUCAACAUUUUCUGUUUGUUUUUCUACUUGUACUAUGCAUUAUCAUCAUCCUUUCGUUCAUUGGCACAACAUUUGUUUUUCUACUUAUACUAUGCAUCAUCGUCAUCCUGUCAAUCAUAGGCACAACCACACAUAUCCACUACUCCUAUUUUGGAUUCCUCCAAUGCCGUCUGAAAUUUUGGCCUGCCUACUUUCCUUGGGGAUUUUUAUCUUAUAGGCCUAUCUGUCUUGUGUUGUCUGAUGGUUUGUGCAAGGUGGGUCUAAUCCAUCCCAAUUUGUGUUUAUAUAAUUCUUUGCCAAUAGGGUUUCGCCUAGUUAUUUCCAUAGUUUGGUAUUGGUUAUUGCCUCAGGCCACCUGAUGUCCUAUAAGUGACACAUGCAUUAAUUUUAAAAGUCUGAGGACCUGUUAUUAACUUAUUGCAAAGAAUUUUAAUACUCAGUGUCUAGGAGAAACAUGAGACUCUUUUAAAUGAGAAACCACAUUUUUGAAACUCAUCUGUCAUUUCUUUUUGAGUUGUUGGCCUUGAGUUAUUUGUUUGAACACGGGCAUAGAAAUGGAAAAAAAGGCCUAAACGUUAUCUAAUACUAUCUUUUAUACAUCAGGCCAAAAUCCUUAUACAAAAAAAAACAGCCUGUCAUUAGCAUAAGUAACAGGUGAAGAUAAUGUCUUUAUGGAAAUUUCUUGCUGAAAUCAUUUUCACUUGGUUUCAAUUUUCUUUUUCAACCCACUAUCAUUAGGCAGUAAAAUUAAAAACUCAGGGAAUGCUAGGAAAGAUGUUAAUAAAGAACACAUUUAUUAGUUAAAUAUAUUUUUUUUAUAUACAAAAGAACUAAUAUUUAGAAACUGUCUCUUGGAGUUGAUUGAUAAAUUGCCAAUCCAAAAUAGCAUCAGCUAUUUGAAAUAGCGGAAUAGGUUAAUAAAGCUGUACACAUUGCCAUUUUGUAAUUUAUUUUAAAUAUGUGGGAGUUUUU